CUCAAAACCACUGGUAAAUUGGUAAUGCAUUAUUCAUGCAUACACAUCUAUAUAUAAUAUACCUAUAUUUUCCUCAUUUGUGCACGUCUCACUCAAACAUGGACACACUUGUUUUCUUCGUCGGCGUCAUAGGGAAUGUAAUCUCAGUUCUUAUGCUUCUUUCUCCGGGGAAGACCUUUGUUCGAAUAGUGAAGAAGAAGUCGACAGAGGAAUUCGAGAGCCUUCCCUACAUUUGCACGCUCCUCAACUGUGAGCUUUGGACUUACUAUGGAAUCAUCAAGCCUGACAGCUAUCUGGUUGCCAGCAUCAAUGGUUUUGGAGUCGUGGCCGAGAUCAUAUACAUCGCCUUGUUCCUCAUCUUCGCCCCGCCUAACUCUAACAAACGCCUUAACACAGCAUUACUUGUGGGAAUACUGAAUGUUGGAUUUGCAGCAUCAGCCUUUUUGGUAACGUACUAUUUAGUUUUGGAUGGAGACUUAAGGAUUAUUAGCAUUGGAUUCAUAAGCUCAGCCCUUAACUUCAUCAUGUAUGCUUCACCUCUUUCUGCCCUCAAAACAGUGGUGACAACAAAGAGUGCGGAGUUUAUGCCGUUUCUUCUCUCAUUUUUUCUGUUCUUGAAUGGUGGGAUUUGGGCUUUCUACGCUUUUCUUAUGCAAGACUGGUUUAUUGGAGUUCCAAAUUCAAUUGGAUUUGUGUUGGGAGCUCUGCAGCUGCUGCUUUAUGCCAUUUACAGAAACCCAACAAAUUCAGAUAAAAUUUCUCAAACAGAGUCCCUCCUUCCACGUUCUUCCAACUGUUGACUUGCACCUCAUAUCUCUAAGUUCUUAUAAUUUUUAUUGUAUGAUGAAAUUAUAGAGUCCUUUUCCAAUUUGUGUACUAUAUUUUGCUAUCUAUCUAUACAUGUUUUUGUGAUUGUAAGACCGAGCAUAUACCAACAAAGACAGUAUAUUCUUAUUUGAUUGAAGAAAUUUUAUUUUGUGGGGG